GCGGCCGACCGCGCCGCUUGCCGGACCCCCGCGCCAUGGGGCCGCUGCUGCCGCUGCUGGGCUCGCUGCUGCUGCUGCUGCCCUCGGGCGCCCCCGGGGAGGCGGUGCCCCGCCUGAGCCUCGGCCACGAUUCUCCCCGGAGGCGGCUGUGGAACAACUUUCAGGUGCCUGGAGUCGCCAACUACACCACAAUGAUGCUGAGCCCAGAUGGCCGGAUCUUGUACGUUGGUGCCCGCGAGAUGCUUCUUGCUCUGAACACCAGGGCCUUCUCUCCCGGGCCCCAGCACCAGCAGCUCACCUGGCACGCCGAGGACGAAAAGAAGCAGCAGUGCAUCUUCAAGGGCAAGGACCCUCAGAGCGACUGCCACAACUACAUCAAGGUCCUGCUGCAGCUGAACGAGACCCACCUGUACACCUGCGGGACCAGCGCCUUCAGCCCCACCUGCACCUACAUUAGCCUGCCGGGCUUCCAGCUGCAGCGAGACCCUUCGGGGCAGCUCUUGCUGGAGGAUGGGAAGGGACGCUGCCCCUUCGACCCGGAGUACAGAUCUACAGCCAUCAUGGUUGAUGGCGAACUGUAUACGGGCACCGUAAGCAAGUUUCAGGGCAACGAGCCCACCAUCUUCCGCAGCCUUGGCAGCCGCCCGCCCAUCAAGACAGAAAGUUCCCUCAACUGGUUGCAGGAGCCGUUCUUUGUGGGCUCAGCCUUCCUGCAGGAGAGCAGCAGCCCGGAGGAGGAAGACGAUGGCAAGAUCUACUUCUUCUUCAGUGAAACCGGCAAGGAGUUUGACUUCUUUGAAGACACGGUGGUGUCCCGCAUUGCACGUGUGUGCAAGGGUGACCUGGGCGGAGAGCGUGUGCUCCAGCGACGGUGGACCACCUUCCUGAAGGCUCAGCUGCUGUGUUCCCACCCGGAGGACGGCUUCCUCUUCAACGUGCUCCAGGACAUGUUUGUGUUGAGCUCAGGCGACGGCUGGCCAGAGACGGUCUUCUACGGGGUCUUUACCUCUCAGUGGGAUAGGAAAGGCCCCGGGGCAGCGGCCGUGUGUGCCUUCUCCAUCUCCGAUGUGAAGGAAGCCUUUGGCGGGCUCUACAAAGAGGUCAACCGGGAGACACAGCAGUGGUACACCGACGUCCAUCCUGUGCCAGAGCCCCGUCCUGGAGCGUGCAUCAACCGCAAGACCCGCCAGAUGAAGAUCAGCUCUUCGCUGCAGAUGCCGGACCGGGUCCUGAACUACCUCAAGGACCACUUCCUCAUGAACGGGGCCGUGCGGAGCCAGGCCCUCCUGGUGCAGCCCCGCUCCCGGUACCGGCAGCUCAGUGUGCAGCGUGUCCAGAGUCUGCAGCAGACCUACGACGUCUUGUUCCUGGGCACAGAUGACGGCCGCCUGCAUAAGGCGGUGAUCACCAGGCGAGGAGUCCGCAUCAUUGAGGAGCUGCGACUCUUCCCUGCAGACCAACCGGUGCUGGAGCUGCUGCUGGACCCCACCCAGGGCCUGGUCUACGCCGCCUCGUACGAUGCCCUGGCUCAGGUGCCUGUGGCCAACUGCAGCCUGUACCGCAGCUGUGGAGAGUGUGUCCUGGCCGGAGACCCUUACUGUGCCUGGGGUGGAGGGGCCUGUCAGCUGCUCUUCCCCAGCCCUUGGACGCUCCAGCCAGCGACCUGGGUCCAGGACAUCGAAGGGGCUGAGACCAGCCAGCUGUGCCGGACCAGCGGUGUGGAACUCGGCCAUUCUGCAGGAGAGCCACCCCAGUGCCAGCCGGUGGUGCUCCAGCCCAACAGGGUGAUGCCGCUGCCCUGCCCACUGCUGUCCAACCUGGCUUCCCGGCACUGGGUGCACAACGGGGCUGCUCUGGCCUCCACCUUCCCGGUGCUGCCCACGGGAGAGGUGCUGCUGGUGGGGAGCCCAGCCGAGGAGGGGAACUACGAAUGCUGGUCUCAUGAGGGCAGCUUCCGGCAGUUGAUGGUGAGCUACUGCGUGACCGUGGAGCCAGGGCUCUGGGCCAAGCUGGUGCCUGCCCAAGACCCCCUGAAGACCCUCAGCACCUCCAGGAGCAUCUCGGGAGAGAACGUCGCGACGCUGUUGGAGGGCAGGACCUACUGGGCCGAGUUCCUGGUGAUGUGUGUGCUCUUCAGCGCUGCUGUGACGCUGCUGGUCCUUUUCACGCUGCACAAGCACCAAGUCAGCCUGAAGGUCUGCCUCAAGGAAGGCCGGUGCAGCUGGUCUCAUCCCCGGACCUCGCGGGAGAGGGGGGCCCUGCCCGCUGAGAAUGCGCCUCCCCUGGGGGGCUUGAACGUGCCUGGUGCUCUGGCAGACCACAAGGGCUACCAGGCUCUGUGCGAGGGUCUUGUGGCGAGCACGCCUGGGCACGAGUCCUUGGCCUGCCCACGCGUGGCUUUUCUGGAGUCCGAUCAGCGACCACUUCAUAUAGCCAAGACCUUUGUGGAGGUGUUGGGUCCUGCCCAGCGCCCUCGGGUUCGCCUUGGCUCCGAGAUCCAGGACUCGGUGGUGUGACCUUCCCCAAGAGGCGCCAUUCUGUGGGCUGGAAAGGAGCCGGGCAGAGUCUUCUGGUGCCACCAUACUCGGGCAGAGGAAGAAGGGCAGCCCCACGCGGUCGUGGAAUGGGGCCAGGCACGCUUAGCUCUGCGGCAGGGUUCCUGCAUGGCAGUUGGCAGCCAUGCCCCCUACGGGUGGCCUCCAGGUGCAGAAUCCAGGUGCAGCCGCCCUUCAGCUCCAGCGGUCCGUCCUUACAAGCACUGCCAGGAGGGGACAGAAUGGGACAACUUGCCUGUGGGCACCUGGCUCCCGCUUCUUUGGCCUGUGUGGGAGGGACCCUUGCUGGGAGGGUAACUUGUGUGGUACCAAAGACCCUCCUGGAAGUCACCUGUGAUAGGAGACCCUCUGGGGGAGCAUCCUGAGCCUGGGACGAACUGUGCGCUAGGGAGGAAAACGGGGGAGCCUUUCAUGUCAGAAACUGACUCCCCCGUGUGGAUUCCUUUGUCUAUAAAACCAGAGACGUGGUCUUGGGGAAGGGAGUGGGCAAUAGGGGAUAUUCGGAAAGCACCAGGGAGCAUCCUGCAGGGCGGCCCUCCAGAACAACCGAAGCUGCCGCCAGCUCAUCAAAGGAGCCCGUUUCAAAAGAUUUGUCUCCUGAGAUUUGACAGGCUCCAAUCAUCACACCUUAAAAGGCCUUUCUCCACCGCAAAACAUUUCAUGACCCGUCCGUCCGUUUCACAUAGGCUCAAUAUCCCGCCUUCCAGGGAAGGGAAGAGCCGUGAUCCAGGACUCUUGGAACCACGUUUGGGUGAAGCCCUUGGAAGAGUUCCUGUGCUGCCCUUGAAACCUUAGCUGGUACUUAGCUGAACCGUUGCCCUGUUACUAAAGGUUUGGGCUGGCCUAAAGAAGGGGAAGCAAUUUCCCUCCCGUCGAUCUCUUCCCUGGGAACUCAGGUGCAGUUGCCCUAGCAGGGGGCUUGGCUUUGGCUCCUGUGAUUUGGUUGACUACCUGAUCCUUGUUUGUGGUCUGUGACCACCUCCCUUGGCCUGUUGUACCAACUGGUGGUGGCUGCUUUGUGAAAAGGCCAAGCGCCCCCCCCCCCCCCCCCCCCCGCGCCAAGGUGUUAAACCCUGGAAGGCCCAAGAGGCCCCGCCAGGAUUCCUGCAGGGAAACUGUCUUGCCCCCUUGGAAGCAGGGACCUUUGUGCGCUGCUUUGGGCUCCCAGAGGGAAGUGAGCUUGGCGGCUGCUACAGCUGUUGGCCAAGGACUGGAUGGGGCUCUUGCAGUCCUACUGCGGUCAGCUUCCCCCCGCGUGAGAGGGUGGAAGUGUGUCAAAGACUGGGAAGGCAGCAAAACAGCUCUUUUUCUGUUCUGCACUCCUUCAAAGGCAGAAUUGGGCACCUUCUGCUGUGCUGGGAGCGAUACGGAUGAGCUGGUUCUUUGGAAAGUGAAAUAAAGAUGGAAGAACA